AGUUGCCAUGAAACCGAAAGCGGCGGAGAGGAAGAGAAACGCGAUGAGUUGGGAAAGUCAGAUUCCUCCCGAAUCCAACGUCACGUACAGAAGCGCCUCAGUUUUCCACCCAGGUUCAAAAGAGAGGCUGCAACGGGAGAAGUUUGCCUCCUCUCGGAACGGGAAUGUGAUGCUGGCUGUGACAGAAAGGCAAGCCCGGCAUUUUCUUGCACAGUUCCCGCAGCUGCUUUUGCAUUCUUGGCCGGUGAGUGGCGGGUCAGCGGGACAAAAAUGGGCGCCAGGGGAGAACAGCGCAACGGAGGCUGGCUUGUUCUGCAUGCUUACCUCAGAGAGUAAGUGUCAUUGAACUUACUGCUACUUACUGUUGAGUAAAGACGCCCAAGAGUGGGCGGUAGGGUGGCUAAGGGUGCGCCCACGCUUGGAAGGAAGCAGCACCCAGAACAAAGAGCUUGACGCCAUCCCGGCUUUCGAGCCACCUCGCACCUACCCCAUCGGUGGUGGCAAGCGACGUCAUUCGCCCCGCCCGGCAGUCCCCCACGUGCGCCUCCUCAGCUCUCCACGGUUACCAUUGGCUUGUUUUCGGGCUCGGCGUGCGGGGGGAAGGAGAACUUCUGACUCUGCUGCUGCCUCAGAAGUCUCCGGACUGCUGUUGUUGAGUGCUGACGGACGGCAGCGCGGGAUUUGAAUGUCGGAAGGAGCACCGCAGCUGAGUGUCCAUGGCCUCUGAAGACCUUGCUGGCCAGUUGCUGCACCCUUACACUCGUCAGAAUUCUACCAGUACUGUUUCUCUGGACUUCGAACCUGAUGUUGACUAUCAAUUUGUGGAAAGCUUAGAGGAACGAUAUAAAUGUACCCACUGCCAUCUAGUCCUUCAUAAUCCUCACCAGACAGGAUGUGGGCACAGGUUUUGUCAGCGCUGCAUUACCUCUUUGAAGGAAUUGAACAUGGUGCCCACAUGUCCUGUAGACAAAGAAAUAAUAAAGCUUGAGGAGGUCUUCAAAGACAAUUGCUGUAAACGGGAAGUUCUCAAUUUGCAAGUAUUUUGCAGAAAUUUUCCCACCUGCAAUGCAAAAACAUCUCUGGGUCGAUACCAGGAUCACCUACAGCAGUGUUUGUUUGAAAGUGUGCAAUGUAUCAAUGAAGGAUGUUGUGAAAAAGUUCUUCAGAAGGAUUUGAAAGAACACAUAGAUUUGCAAUGCCGCUAUCGAAAGGAACUGUGCCAAUAUUGUAAUCAAUGCAUAAUUUUAAUUAGUUUACAGGCCCAUGAGAAAACUGAUUGUCCUUGUUAUCCCUUAAUUUGUCCCUAUGGCUGCAAGCAGAUAAUUCUAACAAAAGAGGUAGAAAGUCACACCAUAGUAUGUCCUGAGGUUGAAAUUGAUUGUCCGUAUAAAACAUAUGGCUGUCUAACAAAGAUUAAAAGAGGAAAGCUUUCAGAACAUGAGAAUAUUUCUUUGAGAGAACACAUGCUACGGAUCUUGGACAAGAACUCAAAGCUGGAAGAUCAGAUCUCUGACCUUUAUAAGAACCUAGAACAUAAGGAGCAAAAAAUCCAGCAACUAGCUGACACAGUUAAAAAGUGUGAAAAAGAAUUCAGGCAAUUCACACAGCUGUAUGGGAAAAAUAGCAACUUGCUGGCAAGCACUCAGUCUCUGGCUAUUCAUGUUGAUAAAUCUGCCUGCCUGGAAACACAAGUGAGACAGCUGGUACAAAUGGCAAACCAACAGCAGAGUAAAUUUGACCUGCGACAACUACUGGAGACCAUUGAAACCAUAAAGCAAAAAGUUGCUUUCCUGGAGUCAUUUGAACAACGUUUAGUUUUCCUGGAAGAUUUAUCUAACCAACAUGAGAUGCACCUUGGUAUGCAUAGGACACAACUUAACAAAAAUGAUGAACGGUUUAAACUUUUGGAAGGAACAAGUUACAAUGGGAAACUGAUUUGGAAAAUUAUGGACUACAAGAUAAAGAAAAAAGAGGCUGUGGAAGGUCACACUGUCUCUAUAUUCAGCCAGCCUUUUUAUACCAGCCACUGCGGGUACAGAUUAUGUGCCAGAGCAUAUCUGAAUGGUGAUGGUUCAGGAAAGGGAACACAUGUUUCCCUGUACUUUGUAGUGAUGAGAGGGGAGUUUGACUCACUGUUACCCUGGCCUUUCAAGCAAAAGGUUACACUUAUGCUUUUGGACCAAAGUGGAAAGAAAAAUCACAUUGUUGAAACCUUUAAGGCUGUUCCCAACAGCAACAGUUUCAAAAGGCCAGAAGGAGAGACGAACAUUGCCUCAGGAUGCCCUCGUUUUGUGGCACACAAUGUGCUGGAAAAUGCAAAGAAUGCUUACAUCAAAGAUGAUACCUUCUUCCUAAAAGUAGUGGUGGAUUUAACUGACCUUGAGGAAUUAUGAGAUGUACCUCAAAAGAACCACUUGAAAAUUCAAGAGUGUAACUUGGUGUUCACUGGAAAGUUUCAGUCAACAGAGAAACGCUACUCUCAGCUUGCUGACCAAUUUUUACAUUUUGAUAGCUCAGUGGCUACUUUUAGUACUUUUUCAAAACUGCAUUAACUAAAAGAGAUGGAUUUUAAGCAUGUAGCAAAAGUGUUAUGAGAACAUUUAACAUGUGUGAAAAUUAACUGGUUUACACUCUCAGGAGCCACAUUUUUAGAAGGUAUUGCAGUGCAGUCUUCUGGAGCUCACAGAAGUUCCCUGGGUUGAACUGGGCAUUGCAAGAGGUGUUGAUUUACUACGGAAAGCUUGUGCAUUUCACAUGGUUAAUUAAAACUGAAGGUAUUUUCAUGGUUAACACACACUGAUACCCCCACAACCUAAUCCAAUGUGUGUUUAUGCAGACUAGGUUCCAGAUUUAGUGCUUACAAGUAUAGUUGCAUAAGACUGCAGAUGGAGUGAAAUGGAAGGUACUGUGGGAAAAUCCCUAUCUAACAAACAUGCAGUUUUUCAAAAUCUUUCAAAUAAAAAACAACUGUAGGUAAA